AUGGCUAGAAGAGUGUCAUUCUUGUUGUUCAACGAGGUAGAACAGACUUACCAGAUUUGUGACAAUGUUUCUGAAAAAGGACAUCCGUUCAAAGCUGACGGGUUAGUUUUUAAUUCUUUCCAAAAAUCGCAACCGAGUUUGGAGCGACGAUCCAUAUUGAAAAGAUCAAGUAACGUAGUUGGGAACGUUGAUCAAAUGAAAUUCGCAAACCAAACAAACGACAAUCCAAAGAACACGUGUCACAACCAUUCGACUUACACGAACACAUUCACAACAAAAGCUACAAGCAACAAAAGAAGGAACAGCCUCAACAGUUCGUUACUGAGAUGUCUGCAAGUAGCCACAAAGGAUGGAAAUGAAGACAGCUAUGAUGGCGUUGAUGAAAUAACCUUUCCAUCUCAUCAAUCAAACAACAACAUUGUGACUGACUUUUCAGCAAACACAACAAACAACAUCAACAAAACAUCGAUGCACACAUCAACAUCACACAACUCGGAAAUAAUUGAAAACAUCAGACACCAUAUUGACGACAUGCAUGAAAGAGAAGAAGCUGAUCAGCACUGCGCAGAGCAAUCAUUUGCAAUCAUUACAACAAACUGUUAUUCUGUGGAUCAUAGCAUCGACCUCACCAGCGACACCACACCACAACAGCCGACUUCAACACCACUUGAGGAACCUGCAGCUGAUUUGAGCAACUUUUUCAGCGAUGCUUACAACGAAUCAACACUAUGUUCAGCGACCUUUCCCAGAAGCAACACUACACAAGUUAACCGAUAUACGUCUGCUUGUUCAAUUGAGCAACUCAAGAACUGCAUUUGUUCAUCGGAUGAGGUUGACAAACAGGAAAACCUCAAAAUAACGAAUAGGAAAAGAUCACUGCCAGAAGAGUGGCGAAGUCUCUUGUUGGUCAAUUGA